CGUGGUCCGGCGUUAUCUCCCCUCCUGGUUCCUUUUUUUUCCUUUCUUUUUCCACACCACUCCUUUGGAGUUUCGCCCUUGCCCUUCCAAGUUGAAAUCGAAGAAAGUAGAUCCGACGAGCUUUUUCUCCACUUCCGAUGAUGAGCACACCGUGCAAGAUCUCCGCCAUCGGAACAGCGCUUUUGUCCCCUUCUCCUGGCCCCCAUCCUCCCAAACCCUCUUCUAUCCGCCCAAUCCAUCACCUCCCUUUUCGGCGCCCGCUACUCCUGCGGACUGCCGAUCGGCUCGCUUGCAAGGCCGCCGAGGUUUCCAAGGUCGAAGAAGAAGAACCUAAAGCGCCCGCGGCGCCUGAAACCACUGACGGGAGGAACUGGUUUCCUGUCGUCCCGUUGUCCGCGUUGCCCAAGGGGGAGCGUCGCGUGGUCAUCCAGGAUAACGAGACCAUUUUGCUGCUGUGGUACAAAGACCAGGUCUUUGCCAUCGAAAACCGGUCGCCGGCCGAAGGAGCUUACAGCGAAGGCCUCCUCAAUGCCAAGCUCACACAGGAUGGAUGCAUUAUUUGCCCCACUACUGACAGUACUUUUAAUCUUCAGACUGGAGAUAUCAAGGAAUGGUAUCCAAAAAACCCAGUUCUUAGGGUUCUUACACCAGCUUUAAGGAAACUUUUUGUGUAUCCUGUCAAACUAGAUGGACAGAACAUCUAUAUCAGCAUGAGAGGAGGAGGGUCUGGGGGAUCAGCUGAGAUUGUUUUCAGCGGCAGAGCUCAACCUGGGGUGACAGCAUCUGAUGUCAAUGUGGAAGAGGUUAAAAUGGUAGUGGACGAGGAUUUUGAAGGCUUCGGUUUCACUGGCAAAAAUGAAUUGCUAAAUGGGAAGGUGGCCAUAAUUGGUUUCUUAUUGUUGAUUGACUUUGAGCUUUUAACUGGUAAAGGUCUUCUCAAGGGCACGGGUUUCUUAGACUUCAUAUAUUCAAUUUCAAAUGCUUUCGACUCUUUUUAAAAUUUGGUACAAGUGUUGGAGUAGCCAAUUAGUAUUCCUCGUCUUCAUGUACCCUAUUUUCCUGAAACCAGGAACACUGCAUCUUUCACCUGAAGAAGCGCUAUCAUCUCAUGGGUGUCAUUUGUGUGCAUGAAACAUGUAUUUACUCUACUGAGUCAAUUUUGGUGCUAAGCAUGUCCACGGUACCUAAAA